AUGGCCUCUAUUCGCGUUCUUUCCUUCGAUGCUGAGGGCCGUCCCGUGCAGUUCACUUCCUGGCUCGACGACCUGCAGUUGUAUCUUAUGAGCAAUAGCACGGACCACAUCUCCCUCUAUGACUACGCGUCUGGUGCUGCCGCUGCUCCUGCUGCCACAGCCGAGCUUAGUGUACGUUCACAGUGGCAGACUCGUGACGCUGCAGCUCGCCUGGCUAUUCGCAGUCACCUGCCGUUAGCUGAGCUAGAGCACUUUGGCGACUGCAAAACCGCUAAAGCCCUAUACGACGCUGUCGUUGCUCGCUACUCCUCACCUGCCACAGCCGAGCUUAGCCGUCUCAUGCUGCCUUACCUGUUCCUUGACCUGUCCACCUUUGCUACAGUCGCCGAUCUUAUCACCCACCUUCGCACUAGUGAUGCUCGCCUGCGUGCCGCCCUUCCCACCGAGUUCUGCGCUAAGAACCCCCCUCCCCUGUACUGGGCACUCCACUUCAUAGUCACCCGUCUCCCUGACACCCUCAGCUCAGUGCGCGACUAUUUCCUUGCUCGCUGUCCCACUGAGCUCACUGUCGCCCUCCUAGAGGAGAAGCUGCUAGCAGCCGAGAAGAGCAUUGUAGCUGUUGGUGCUGCUCGCGGCGCUCCUCGCACCCCCAUCUUUGAGGGGUGCUCUCCCUCUCCCCUCGCUCCCUCCUAUGCUACUGCUGCUGCUGUUGACUUCCUUGGUGCUGAGUCUGCUGGCGCUGCUUCUGCUCCUGGUGGGAGGCGCCGCACCGGCAAGGGCAAGGGGGGCAAGGGUGGCGGGGGUGGCGCUGGGGGGGGAGGGGGUGGGGGAGGUGGGGGGGGAGGCGGUGCUGGAGGGAGCGGUGGCGGGAGUGCCGGUGGGAGUGGGGCCGGCGGCGGAGGCGGGGGCGGCGGCGGGAGCAGUGGCGGUGGUGGCAGCGGCGGCAGUGGCGGCGGUGGCGGUAGUGGCGGUGGCGGUGGCGGUGGUGGCGGUCGGAGCGGAGGUAGUGGCGGCGGUGGAGGUCGGAGUGGAGGCACCGGCUCGGGCCAGAGCUCCCAGCAGCAGCAGCGUCCCCAGUCGACCCAGCAGCUUCGUGAGUGGCUUGCUCAGCGUGGGACGUCGGGGGGCAGUGGCCGCUGUUCCUAUGUCAUUCGCACAGGUGAUCGCAAGGGGCAGACGUGUGGAAAGUUCCACACUCAGUACCGCUGCUUCUUCCGCCUUGACGACGCUUGGCGUGAGGAGAUGGGCGAGGAUGUUGAGCGCCCUCGCUGGGCUGAGCUGAUGAGGGCUGGGGUUGAUAUCUUUGCUCUUGACUAUGAUGCUAUUAUUGCUGCCAUGUAUGCAUUGACUGUUAGUGCCGAGGGAGACUGUUACUUGUGUGUGCCGCCUGACCCAGGUAUAGAGCCCGCUGCCCUAGGUACUAGUGAGUCUGCUCUCUCUGGUAUGGUGCCCUCUGUGGCUGCUCCCUCCAGUACUGUCCCUGCUACUUGCGAGUCUGCUCUCUCAGGUACAGCACCCACAGAGACUGCUCUCUCAGGUACUGCACCGGCUGAGACCUGUCACACCUUCACCCUUGACUCAGGUGCUUCCCGCUGCUUCUUUCGAGACAGUACUGAGCUCACACCGCUUCCUGCACCGGUCCCAGUCUCCUUGGCUGACCCCUCUGGGGGCCCAGUCCUUGCCCAGUCCACCACUGUGCUCCCUUGUCCGGCGGUUCCGUCUGGCUCGUUGACGGGUUUCCACCUCCCCUCGUUCUCGACGAACCUGGUGAGCAACGCUGUCCUCCAGGAUCAGUGGGUUGACACCUUUACCCCUGGAGGACAGCGUGUGGCGAUCUGCACGUGCUCCAGGACCGGCCGUCACCUGGCUACGUUUACUCGUCGGCCGGGGUCGAGUCUCUACACACUGACCACUGCGUCUCCUCAGGUCGCUGCUGUCGGUCAGGUGUCCGCGUCAGGUCUGGUGGCCCACGCCUGUGAGUGUCGUUCCCUGUCGCACCAGACUCUUCUCUGGCACCACCGCCUGGGUCACCCCUCCUUGCCACGCCUCCGUGGCAUGCACCGUCGCCGCCUUGUGUCUGGUCUUCCCAGGUCCCUCCCUCCUCUCCCUUCCUCGCCUGCGCCGCCUUGCCUUCCUUGCGUCGAGGGGCGGCAGCGCGCCGCUCCUCACUCCUCCUCGUUCCCCCCGACAGAGGCUCCUCUGCAGACCCUCCACCUGGACGUGUGGGGCCCAGCCCGCGUUCGUGGCCAGGGCGGUGAGCGGUACUUUUUGCUGGUUGUCGACGACUACUCGCGUUACACCACGGUCUUCCCCUUGCGCACCAAGGGUGAGGUCCCUGCUGUUUUGAUCCCUUGGAUCCGCACAGUUCGUCUCCAGCUCCGCCGCCGUUUCCGGACGGAUCUUCCUGUCCUGCGUCUGCACUUUGACAGAGGUGGUGAGUUUUCCUCCGACCUCUUGAGGACCUUCUGUCAGGCGGAGGGCAUCGAGCAGACCUUCACGCUUCUGGACUCCCCACAGCAGAAUGGGGUUGCUGAGCGCCGCAUUGGCCUGGUCAUGGAGGUCGCUCGUACCUCCUUGGUCCACGCGGCGGCUCCCCAUUUUCUAUGGCCGUUUGCUGUCCGGUACGCCGCGCAUCAGCUCAACCUCUGGCCCCGUGUCUCCUUGCCGGAGACCUCGCCCACACUGCGUUGGACGGGGGAGGUUGGCGAUGCGUCGCGCUUCCGGGUGUGGGGUGCUCGUGCCCUUGUCCGCGAUACGUCCGCGGACAAGCUCUCCUCCCGCACGCUUCCCUGUGUCUUCCUUGGCUUUGUCCCUGACGCGCCGGGCUGGCAGUUUUACCACCCCACCUCGCGCCGGGUCUUCGCCUCUCAGGACGUCACCUUUGACGAGUCGGUCCCUUUUUACCGUCUCUUCCCCUACCGUACUGCCCCCCUCCCUCCCCCGCCGCUUUUCCUUGCUCCUGGUCCCCCUCCGGUAGACCCCCUCCCCCCUCAGGGUCCUGCUCCUUCAGGUGUCUCUCAGGUAGACCCUCCUCCCGUCGCUGAGCCUGUCGAGGUCACAGGUGACUCAGGUGCUGCUGCAGGUGGUGCUGCUGGGAGUGCUGAGCCUGCGGGUGCUGGGCCUGGGGGUGCUGGGACUACGGGUGCUGGAGCUGAGGGUACUGUGCCUGAGAGUUCGGCGCCUGGGGGUGCUGAGCCUGGGGGUGCUGCGACUGGGGGUGCUGAGCCGGCGUGUGCGGAGUCUGGGGGUGCUGAGCCUGGGGGUGCUGCUACUGAGCCUACGGAGCCUCGGGUUGCUGCGUCUGGGGGUGCUCCGGUUCGGGGUGCUGAGCAGUCUCUCACACCACAGCAGCUUCGUGACUGGUACGUCCGGCGCUUUCGCCGUCCUAGUGGCUCGGCUGGAGCUGGGGGUACUGGAGCUGCCGGGACUGGUUGUUCUGGGAGCACUACGACUGGAGCUGCUGGAGCUGGGGACUCUGGAGCUGGCGGCGCUAGCGGAGUUGUAGCUGCCGACUCUGGGGGUGCUCUUCCUUGCGGUGCUGCGGACCCUGGGGGUGGUGCUGCUGCUGGUGCUGCGGACCCACCUGGUGGAGCUGCUGCUGGAGCUGAGGACCCGAGCGGUGGCGCUGCUGCUGGUGCUGGGGACCCGGACGCUGGAGUCUCUUCUGCUUCUGGAGACGCUGCGCGGCCGCGACCGUACUUCGUACCGCUCCUUCAGCAGGUUCUUGGGCAGGCUCCUCCUCCUUGUCCUCCUCCCUCCGUAGAGUGUCCUCCGACUGUCCAGCCGCAGUCACAGUUACCGCCUGCCUCGCCUCUCCCUGCUCCCUCUCCUUACACUGGUCCCACAGGAGGUCUUACAGAGCGUCGUGAGCCUGAGUCUCGUCCUGCGUCGCCUGUCCGUACUGCUCGCACUGGUCGUCGUGUCCGUCGUGAGCGUCCUCCUCCUGUCCCAGGCACUCACUACAUGACUCUGCGUCCCUCUACUGCUCCUCAGCGUGUCCCUCUGCCGUCUCCUCCUGCGUCCUCUUUGCCUGCUGUUCCGGACCCUGAGUCUGACAGGUAUCGUGCUGAGCACCCUACUGUCACGCGUCUCCUAGCUACUGUUGUCACUGACCCUACCUUUGAGUCCUCGGCUGCGUCUGCUCUGGUCGCUGAGUUGGUUGACUUUGCUGCUGCCUGUCGUCUAGACUACGCUGCUCGCCUUGUUGCUGGGUCUGAGUCUGCGUCUGUCUGUCCUCCAUCCGUCGGGGGUGAGUGUGCUCUUGGCACGGACGUCCUUGAGGACAGGCAGGAGGACUUUGACUCUCUCGCGGCUGCUGUACCUCAUCUCGUGGCCUGGUUGCUUGCCCCUGAGGGAGACCCGGAUGCACUAGACAUCCCCACUCCGCGCACUUACGCAGAGGCGAUCUCGGGUCCCUACUCCUCUCAGUGGCAGACAGCCAUGGACGCAGAGAUGGCAUCCUGGAAGUCCACAGGCACCUACGUCGACGAGGUUCCCCCUCCUGGGGCGAACAUCGUCGAUGGCAUGUGGAUUUUCAGGGUGAAGCGGCCGCCAGGUUCUCCGCCUGUCUUCAAGGCUCGUUACGUUGCUAGAGGCUUCACGUGA